AUGAUCAUUUCUCAUUGUUUAAAUGCCAUGCGUUAUAACGUAGUGUUCAAUUUAGAAGAACAACUUCAAAAAUUCGACGAUGAGUCUGAAAAGCAUGCCGAGGAACUGAGAAAAACGAAUGAAGUAUUUUUUGACCCAGACUUUCCACCAAACGGUGAUUCCCUUGGAAACAGAAAGGACGAGAAUGGCAAGUUGAUUGUUGUGGAUUACGGCGAUCUUUGGUUGACUCCACAAGAGAUCAUCGAGAUUGGUAGUAAAAAGAUACAGAGUCUUCUGGGAGACAAUAAAGCGGCGAGUGGUACUGUGAAUGAAUCUGCUUUACGAGGUGAUCAGGAGGCUUUACGAGGCUAUCGAGAAUAUUCAAUUGACGUAAUACCUGAUGAGAAGGAUAAGAAAUGGAGUCUUUAUGACAACCCAUGGCCAUUCCACGUGAAGCAAGGAGACCUGGGAGACUGUUGGUUAAUUGCAGCGAUUCAGUGUAUUGCUAGACGGAAAGAUCUACUGGAACACAUUCUACCGAUUCGAGAUUAUACGGAAGACAGUGGAAUUGUGCCGGUUAGGUUGUUUAUUGGUGGACAAUGGGAAGUUGUCAAAAUCGACUACCACUUACCUCAAUAUAGGAAUCGAGAGAGAUUUGCGGGUGUACUCAACAAUCAGUUCUGGGUGUCAUUUAUAGAGAAAGCAUAUGCUAAGAUUCAAGGAAGUUAUGCAAAUCUUAAAGGUGGUUUCUCUCAUGAAGCUUUUAAGUAUUUCACCGGUUUUCCUGCCUAUCGAGAAAAAGUUGAUAAGCUAUGGAAUCCGGAAAAGAUCUGGAGACGAUAUUCAGAGUAUCACACACGCGGAUUCCUACUAGCCGCUUCAACAUUUCCCGAUGAGGAAUAUCAAAGCAAAUACAGUGAUCUUGGUUUGCUGGGCAACCAUGCCUAUUCGAUUUUGGAUUUUAAAGCGCAUGAAGGUCAUCAAUUGAUUUUACUAGGAUCCACACAUUCCCAAAAAUGGAAUGGUAAAUGGUCAAAGUUGCCAGCAUAUGAUGAGACAAUUAUGGGACAGCUCAGUGACGAAGAUCGCCUUCUUGCUUAUCACAAAAUCGGCUGGAUGGAGUUUGAUGAAAUAAUACAACGUUUUUGUUAUAUCUACAUUGGUGAAUCCCGACAUCCAACUGUGAGGACGAGUCCGUGGUUUAAAAAUCGGUUCCUUCAAAAAAUUGUACUAUUUAAGGAAAAUGUGUUUCAAGUUCUCCGUAUAAACAUCGAACAGCGUCAGGAAAUAGAGAUUGAGAUUGAUGCUAGUUAUGGUGAUACUUUGUAUGGACUGAAUAUUCACAAAGUGACAGAGGACAAUGAAUGUGGAGAACUGUUGAUGCCAUUUGAGGGUAGAACGAAUGUCUCUACUAAAUCACUAUUUCUGGACCCCGGAUCGUAUUUUGCUGUACCUUCACUAGAUCCUGGCGGGAGUAUUUUCAUGCUUAAUUGGACAGUUGGAAGGUUUCAUUGCAAAAUGCUCGAUGUAUCAAAUACACCAAGUGGUUUCAGUCCGACUUCACUGGAAAUCUUUCAUUUUGUCGCCCUACCAUCGUUUGUCGCUCGUGAGACUACGCAUUUAUUGGCGGUGAAAUACGGUGUAUUCGAGAAGCUUCAGGAUAAUAUCUAUUGCUACAAGUGGGCUGGAAAAAAUCACCUUUAUGCGUAUAUACUAAUCGAGAAUCGGUCGGAAUCGAAACAAACGUAUCGCUUCUCGAGUGGUGGACUCUGGUCCCUCCAAAAACCAGACGUUUUGUAUUGGCAUCUCGAAAUUUCGGUGAAAAAUCAUUACCGAUGGCGUUCAAAUUUCAUGGUAUUAAUGUUGAGGUGA